UCUUAUGAGGCAGAAAUGGGCUUGCAUACACAUACACACAUAUAAAUAUAUACUACUUUGAACAACUCAGAUAACUUUAAAAAAAACAGUGUUUCUAGUAAAUUUAUAUUUAUGGAUACUGGACUAUGAGUGAAAUAUUUCCAUUAGUGAAUGUACUUUACACUCAAAUGUUUUCAGGUGAAUCAGAGAGCGUGUGCUAUCGCGAUACUCACAGUGGCUUGCGCUCAUAAGAUCACGUGACGACGUCGCACGGAAUGCUGGGAAACAAACAGUGGUAUGAAUAACGCUUUGCGUAAACAUCCCUUACCAAUGUGUGCAAGAGCUCGCGGAGCGCAAGUAAACAAGCUGUCCGGCCAACGCAGCGACCGUCUUUCACAGCUUUUAUAACCGUGCUCAGCUGAGUGUGAGAUGUGACGGUCUGAGCAGCGGGAGCGGCGGGACUCUGGAGCGGAGCGCUGCAGCGAGCUGUGCGCUGUGCGCUGUGCCCGGACUCGGGAAAGUUGAGCGUGUGUGUGAUUUAUCCGUCAGACAGGAGCGGUCUGAGAGGGGUUUGUUCCUCUGAUGUUGGGAUCGAGAGUAUGGCGUUCAUAAGCGAACGACAGCUGACACGGUUGCAUCUCAAGUCCUUGAAGUGGCAGGACUCCACAUCAGUCUUUCCGAGAUAAAUCACUAGAUUAUAAAUCACUGGACCUGCUAGUCUUCGCUUUCCAGGGAAAUCGUUGCCCAUCGCUUCGCCAGAGGAGCCCAGGUUGGGCAACGCGUAGCCUACGUUCAAGGGUCAACAUUUUGGACUGGUCCAAUCGAUCAAUCCAGUGGAGUCAUAUGAAGUCGGGAUGAAUAUGUGGAGCUCGGGGCCAGUGCAGGGUGUGCUGAAAGCCCUGAAGCACGCCGCGGGGAAAGGACACCUCCAGCUGAGCCGCUGGCUGCAGCGCACCCCGGACCCGCUGGACUGCGACAAGAUCGACAUCUUGAUCUGUAACGUCUUUGAUGAGAGAGGCACCGGCGGGAAACCGGAGGCGGACCCCGCGGGUCACACCGAGACCGGCGCGUCCUUCACUCCCGAGUUCAGGCAUCCGUGCUGCAUCACCACCUGUUGCUUUAAAAGUGCCCUGCUGGCGUGCGUCCUGACAGCCGUGUGCUUCUCCUCGGUGGCUCUGGUGCGCCAGUACCUGAAGGAUGUGUUGCUGUGGGUGGAGAGUUUGGACAGUUUUGUGGGAGCCAUGCUGUUCAUAGUGGGCUUGAUCACGGUGUCGUUCCCCUGCGGCUGGGGCUAUAUCGUGCUGAACGUGGCCGCGGGGUAUUUGUAUGGGUUUGUGUUGGGCAUGGGGCUGGUGAUGGUUGGGGUUUUGAUCGGGACUUUCAUCGCUCAUGUGGUGUGUAAGCGACUGCUGACGAACUGGGUUCUGGGUAAGAUCGGCAGCAGUGAACAGCUGAGUGCUGUUAUAAGGGUGGUGGAGGGUGGAAGUGGACUCAAAAUUGUGGCCUUAGCGAGACUCACGCCGAUUCCUUUCGGCCUCCAGAACGCGGUCUUCUCGAUCACAGAUGUGUCCUUGCCAAAUUAUUUAGUGGCUUCCUCAGUGGGACUUCUCCCAACACAACUCCUUAACUCAUAUCUGGGCACCACCCUGCGCACAAUGGAGGACGUGAUCGCAGAACAGAGCGUCAGUGGAUACUUCGUGUUCAGUCUACAGAUCUUCAUCAGCAUCGGCCUGAUGUUUUAUGUUGUACAUCGAGCACAACUGGAACUGAACGCCGCCAUUGCAGCCUGCCAGUUGGAGCUGAAGACGUCGUGCAUGAACGGCGGAGCGGCCAACCACAGCGGCUCGACCUACUGCAGCAAACGGGCUGCCGCGGGAGGGGGGAUCAACGUGGUCUGAACGCUGCUUUUCUUGAACAUAUUUCAAUCCUGUAUCCAGUUGGACGGAUGGAGAUCUGUCUUGGGAGCUGCUACAGUCCCAGCCAGCUGUUCUGGAUAUGAUGGAGGUCUGAUGUGGAGCGGCACUGGACUGUCAAAGAGCCGAAGAGCCCAUCAUCAGACUUUGAUGGAAACAUUGCCCAAAGAUUGGGCCCAGGGCCAGUAUUAUAUGAGAAUUUUAUGAGAUUGACUUGAGAUAUAUUUGUUUUUGCGGUACACUUUCUUUUUAAAGUUCUUUCUUUAUGAUACUAAUAUAAAAUUAUAUAACUUUAUAGGCGAUCUAAAGCAUGAAAUGGGUAAAUUAAUUAAAGCAAAUGUUAUAGAAUUGUAGUUAGUUACUAAAGAGGGCCCAACUAAUAUAUCAGGUUAAUAUGCUUAAGAUGUUUCCUUUUUUGUUUUUAUAUACAUACACGCACACACACAUACAUAUGAAGAAUUUCCAUUUUUUUAUACUUUUUUUUUUUUUAUUAAUCUAAAGGCUUGCUUGAUGGAUUGUUUCUUUUCGUAUUAUGUCUAGAGUAAGAAAAACUAUUAUCAGUUAGUACCACCUGCGUAAGAAUUCUGGCUUUUGCCAAACUGGGAACACUUUUGCUACUCUGCAGUUUUGUAAGGAACAGAUGGGAGGGAAGGAAAUUUUCUUAGCUGGAUAUUUAAGGAUGUCCUGCCAAGAACCUUUAGUACAGCGUGAUUAGCUCAGCGGUAUGAUCGUACAUGCUCAAUUUCUCAUUCUCAUAUUGAGAGGACUGAACUUCUUUGCCUUGUAUUAUUUAACCAAAUGCUUUAUUAUAGGGCUGUUAGCAUUUUUGACAACACUUUUGUUAAUUUAUUCAUUAUUAGAAUCUUAAUUCAGAACGUUUGCACAUAUGGAAUUUAACAAACUGAAUAUGUAAGAUAAACAGAAAAGCGGGGGAAAGUAAUUAUUAUGAAUAUAUUCUAUAUAUUGAAUAUAUUUGUAUAAUUAUAUAAAGAUAUGCAUUUAUAUAAAUAUUUUCCCUAAAUUAGGUGAAAAUAUAUGAAUAUAAAAAAUAUAUAUAUAUAAAAGGGAAGCAUUGUUAUAUGUUAGUACUUUAUAAUUAUUAUGUAAUGAAUGCUGAAGUUUGACAUUAUUCACAUCAGUCUUAUGGGUUGUUGGCACUGUGCUAAAAUGGCUCACAGUUGCCUACAGUGCAUCUUUUGGCAGUUUUAAAAAAAAUGCACACCAGUGAAAAUUCAGAUCAAAGCCUCCACGGCACACUUGAGCACAACAAGAACAGCUACAAAUAACUGACAAAACUGCAAACUACAACUAAAAUGUUAUUACACGACUCCAGUCAUGGCAAUGUCUGUCGUUCCCUCCUUAGAGAGUCACCUAAUUAGAAACAAAAGACUCUUGAGCAUUGACUGACGUAUUUGGGUCCCGGCUAUAUAAUUUAGCACAGGCUUCCGUUAACGAGCUCAGAGCCACAGUGAACUCACAGCUUCCACACUGGGAACUUGAAAUCCCUCCGUGCAAGGGAUUUCACUCAAUCCUGGUGCUUAGUUUGUUUUGUCUUCUGGUUACAUUCACCCAUACACCACGACACUAUUGUACUGGUUGACAUGAAAUUAUACUGUAAAUCAUUGUGGAGGUGACUUUGAUCUAUUUUAAAUUUGGCCAUUGUGAGCUUUUUAUCCACAUUUUUCUUUUUUUUUUUUCUUUUUUAUAAGAAGCACAUGCUCUCAAUGAUGGAUUUCCCAGUAACUGAAAUGUACACCCGGUCGGUCGUGACUUCAUUCUCAGUGUCAUUUGAGACUCGCCAUUUGGUUUACAGCAUCAACACUUGAGCGUCACCAUAAUCUGACAAUCAGUGGAACACUGGCGCGCUGCUCAUUCUGAAAAACCAUCUCAUCUUACUCUGUAUUCACGUCUCCAGUUAUAGUUUUGCUGCUACUUGGACUGUAGGGUCUGAGUGAAAUGCUGACAAGGGCUCGAAUUAAUAUUGCAAUUUUACUACAAAGUGAUCUACACCAUCUCGUUUUUUUCUUACAUGGAGAGUGUGCAAAUAGAUUUUCUAACAAGUUGUUACAUUUAUUUUGAAAAGUGCUGGUGUAACUACACAAAUGGACACAUUCCUUAACUUAAAAAUGGGACGAAUGGUUUUUUAUUUCAUUUUUUUCCAAGGAAAUGGAAUAGCCCCUCUGUUUUCUGAAUUUAGCAAUAAAUAAAAACUGAACAUGCUGACUCGCCAUCGGAGAUACAUUGUAGAGAUCCAACAAUCCUGGUCUUGUGUUACGAUGUCAACCUGCCUUGUACCUCUUGCUGCCUAAGACAUUGAAAUGGGACACUUGCCUGCGGUGUGUUCAGACUCUAAUUCGAGCAGGAAUGGGGUGAAGCUGAAGAUUGUUGGGAUGUAAAAUGCAAAAAGAAUCAAAAUUGAACAAACAACAAAAAUAAAUGACAGUUUGAGGAUAUA